CCUGUGAGAGGAAAAAAAGGGGUGCAGGAGGCGAUCCCCGUUCUUGCAAAAAUGCAGUUGGCUCUUUUCUUGUCCUGGUGCUGCUGCCUGCAUGGAUGCGCGCUGGGGACUGGCUUCCUUUAUCAAUUCCCAGCAUCAACCCUGCAGCACAACUACCCAGAACAGAGCUCCGGCUCGCCGGGCAGCGGCUUCGCCAGUCGCCGGCAUUGGUGUCACUAUACGGUUACACGGACAGUUUCCUGCCAGGUGCAGAAUGGGUCAGAAACGGUGAUCCAGCGAGUUUAUCAGAGCUGCCGGUGGCCAGGACCUUGUGCCAACUUAGUGAGGACUCUCAUCAGGCCCACGUAUAAAAUGUCCUACCGAACUGUGACCACGCUGGAGUGGAGGUGCUGCCCUGGCUUCACGGGGAGCAACUGUGAAGAGGGUUCAUCUGGCCGCCAGCACGGCUCCUUUCCCAGCCAGGACCAAUGCAUGAACUGCACGAGACUAGCGGAUAUGACCGAGAGGCUAAACACGCUCGAGGCCAAGAUCCUCCUGCUUGAGGCUGCAGAGCGAAGCCCACCACUGGAAAACAACCUGCCCAUCACUGGGACAACGGCCACAUGGUACGAUGAUUUGCUACCAGAUGCCUUUCCCCUGCUGAAUCCUGGGACUGUCCUCAGAAAAACAGUGGGAUCUGUUGAGCCUAAAGGACACAGAGGUGCACAGGAGCAGCUAAUACCACAGGGGCUGCCGGGACAGGUUGGACCUCCAGGCCCAGUUGGACCAACUGGUCUUCCAGGACCACCAGGACCAAAAGGAGAGAAGGGACAACCUGGUGAGAGGGGCCCAGCAGGGCCACCAGGGCUGUUGGGGCCUCAAGGACCAAGAGGACUGCCAGGAGAAACAGGGAUCCCAGGUCCCCCAGGUCCUCCGGGGCCACCAGCCACCCCAAGCCUCCCUCUUACCUUCCAACAAGGAGUUCUCUACUCUCUCCAGCCCACAGCUGAAAAAGAAAAUGGAGAACCCCAGCUGGCCUCCACCGUCAUCGACACCAUCAUGGCUGGCCUGCCAGGACCACGGGGAGCCCCAGGCCCUGUUGGGCCACCAGGGCCACCAGGAGCAUCAGGACCCAAAGGGCCACCAGGACCUGUCGGAGUCCCUGGAUCACAAGGCUUACCAGGCUCUCCAGGACAACCUGGACCGAAGGGCUCCAAAGGAGACCGAGGAGAGAGAGGACAAGCAGGUCUGGCUGGAGAGAGGGGCAUUAAGGGAUUUCCUGGUGAACCAGGCAAGAAGGGUGAGGAAGGUGACAAAGGUGCUGAUGGGGAAGGUGUUCAACAGCUUCGAGAAGCUCUGAAGAUUUUAGCCGAGAGGGUGUUGAUUCUUGAGCACAUGAUAGGAAUUCAUGACUCUUUAUCUUCCAUUGAGCCAGGCUCUGGACAGGAUGUGAUCCCGGGCUCCCCUCUGCGAACCAGCAUCAAGAUCAAACGUGGAGGACCGCAGCAGCCGCAGGCCUACCAGAUCCUCUCUUCACUGCUGGAUGACAGUGAAGCCAAAAGAAGAAGCAAUCGGAUGAAGUAGGAGCAUCUACGUGUUCUCCGUGUCUGUUCACCAAUUAAAGAUAAAGAUACAGUAUCCCAGUGCUUAAUUGCAAAGUGCAAAUGGAGUCAGUAGGAGGCUUCAGUGUUGGCAAUGAGGUUUCCUUACCUGGCCAAUACUAUGCCCUCGUUGCAGGAAAUGUCUUAUCCUUAACAAAUAGGUCAGAGGGGGUCUGAUGAACAUUUGUCUUGAUUUUGUUGGUUUGCCUUUGGAACAGCAGAUGGCAGGUAUCCUUAGAAGCUGUCUACAGAAAUGACGCCUCCUGACUGUACCUCUGCAGUUUAAUCCUCCCUUUGUUUUCUCACUGCCCUUGAGAGUUACUCAGUUACAAAACUGCUUAACUGGCCAAGACAAUCAAUCCCAUCUAGACUCAAAGUCAAGCCUUACCCUUGUCCAUUGGUACAGUGGAUGGCAUCCGCUCUUAUGUAGUGGUGUCACGCUUACUUUCAGGUGAAGAUGCCACUUCCACAGACCAUUAAAGCACGACCUGCAGGGAUUUCUUGUAAGGAAAAAGCAAUUAAAACUGUUACUUUGAAAAUUCAGGUAACUCUUUGGAUUUUAGCAUCAAAAACUUGGCUUUUCAAGUUGCUAAUUGCAUGUGAGCAGCGUUAUUUCUAUUUGUGGUUGGCUAAGCAAGGGCUUUAGAUGCAAAUAUUCAUGGCAGCAGGGGCUUUCUAGCUAUAUUCAGUGGUAUUAGAUUGUUUCUGUGAAAACAUAGAGCAGUUUGUAUGAGGUAUGAUGGAAUUGUGCAAGAGUUUUCCCACACUGUGUUCAGCUUGUGCAUACAUCCAGGGGUAAUUAAUGUAAGCAGCAGCAGUACCUAUUCACAGAAGAGGAUAUUUUGCAAUAGUUUCUUAAUCCUGCAUCAAUAAGGAAAAAUGUUUUCACACUGUUUCAUUUUUCUCUUGUGAAUAAAUCCUUGCCACUUGAAUCUGGAGAUGGUGUACUAGCAAACCGCAGCCCAAGGAAUUAGUCUUGUCAAGAGCUUAUCUUGCACUGGGAGUUAAAUACAAAAUCAGUUUACUUUCUGCAAUAACUUGUUACUUUGGGGGAAUUCCCAGCUUCCAGGGUUAGGAAGUUGAACCUGCCCUUCAGUGAUACAUGAAUGACUGCACCUGCUGUGCAAACCACAUUGGACAAGUUGAUGCCAUUCAUGUUGACAGUGAGUACAAAGGGUGAGACUAAUCAAUGGUACCAUUUUUUUUCACCCUUUUUUUAACACACCCCAUGCCUGAAACAGUUUCCAGAUUUAGCCCAGGAUGAAAAUGAGCAAAUUGAGUUUGUGAUUUUAUAGUGUAAGUCAGGUAAAUGGGUCACAUCCUAUUUGGUUCCUAGUGCAAGAUAGAGCUACCUGACAAAGGCAAACAGCACAGCACUGCUACAGUAUUUCCCUCAAAUGCUGUUGCAAAGACCAACUGUAGGGUAUGUAUAUUCAGCAACCCCUUGUACCCAGUUAUAUUCCUAAGGCUAAACCAGCAGCAUGGGGUACAUUGGAAAUGAAGCUUAAAAUGAAGGAGCUCUGCCAGCCCAUCAUUAGCCACACAUUAAAUUAACUUUCCAUAUGCGUAGUAAACAGGGUGGGCCUACAGGGAGCUCAGAACACCCAACUCUUUCCUCUGAGGAGCACUGUAUUUU